CUUCUCCUCCAAAGCCUUAACCACACACUAAACCAGAGCAGUACCUUGUGAGUUAAAACUCUAGCUACAUAAACUCUACACUUGAGUUUAAGACCGUUCAUAGACAAGGCUGCAACACAGAGGCAAAGGGCAGCUCAUUUCCCAAGGACAUACACAGACACACACUCUCUCUCUCUCUCUGUGUGUGUGUCUUAGGCUCUUAGCAGUAAUAUAAAACAGUUGGUGGUGCAAAAACAGAAGAGCAUAUAUGUAUGUUGUUCUUCUCUAGAUCUCAAAGCUCAUACAACUUUGUUGAGAAUCAAAUGGCUGUUUUUCUCCUCCCAGUGCUUGUCUUUGCCAUGGUUGGGUCUUCAGAUGCUGCUUGGUGUGUUUGCAAGCAAGACCAGGCUACAACUUCUCAGCAAAAGGCACUGGACUAUGCUUGUGGAGCUGGAGCUGAUUGCAACCCCAUUCUUCAGAAUGGAGCUUGUUAUAAUCCCAACACUGUGAAUGGUCAUUGCUCUUAUGCUGUUAAUAGCUACUAUCAGAGGAAAGGGCAGGCUCAAGGAUCUUGUGACUUUGCUGGCGCUGCUGGCCUUGUUUCUUCGGAUCCUAGUCCUGGUGGAGCUUGCACUUAUCCUGCUACCCCAAGUGCUGCAGGGACAAGCAACACACCAUCUACAAACACACCUGGAUCAUCAACAUCUCCGGGCACCUUCACACCAAACACUGGUAGCACCGGCACCGCACCGCACUGGAGUGAUUGGAGGAGGACUAGGCCCCUCAGGCAACAGCUAUGAUGGCAGUGAUGGUGGUUCUCUUCCAAAGGCUCAAAUGAGCUUCAUCUUCUUGGCAGUUCUCCUCUCAUCAUGCCUUAUGUUUUUCCAUUGGCUCUGAAUUGAAUGUCUCUCUCUCUCUGUGUCUCUGUUCAUGUUUGUCCACCUUUGAGGGAACUUUGUUGAACUCAUUCCUCCUCCAUUGUAAAUGAGGUAGUAGUGAUUUUGUUAGUUGAAUGAAAUCAUGCUAGUGGUUUUGUGUGUUCUCAA